AUGAACUCAGUCAAACCUUAUAUCGGCUGCUCCAUGACUCUGAUCUCUAAAGCUCAGAACAGAUACGUGGGAACUUUAUACACCAUCGACAAAGUCAACUGCACUGUGGUCCUGGCCAAAGUGCAGUGUUUUGGGACUGAAUGGCGAGUGAGCGACAGACCCACACCGCCCCGGGACGACGUCUACGAUUACAUCACGUUUAGAGGAAGUGACAUUAAAGACAUCAGCCUGUGUGAGCCGCCCCCGCCCCAACACGGCCUGCACCCGGACCCCGCCAUCCUGCUGUCCUCAGGCUCCACUUUGCCGGACGCACACGCUACGCUAAACCUCGGAGCGGUUCAAGUUCCUGUGUAUCACAAAGUGUCAGCUCCGCCUCUUCACAACGAGGAGCACACGGCCGGAGCAGCUGCGCCCGUAAAGCGCCCGAUGGUGACGAAGGCGGUGCAAACCAUCGGCUCUGAGAGAAACGCGCGAAUUUUACAUCCGUCCGACAACGAAUGGGACCAGAAUGAGGCGCCAACCCGCGCGUCGGCCAGAGAACCGCUCCAACGCCAACCGGCCAGACCCCCGCCCCGCGCCGACAGGGACCCGCCGCACCACAGACCCCCUCCCGUGAUGAUGAGGGGCGGCCCACGUUUCCAACCACCUCGACAGAACCACGGAUACUGGCAGAACAUGGAGAACAUGCCGCCGAGGAUGAGACAAGAACCACGUCAUGCCGCGCUGGAGAACAACGCCAGCGACUCUCCCUUUGACAACGAUCCUUUUGGGCCAAAAUGUGUUUAUAAUAAAGCCAAAUCCUUCUAUGACAACAUCCCGUCUCCCUCCGAGCACAAGUUAAGGUCGUCGUGGGCAGAGGAACGCCAGCGCAACAUGGAGACGUUUGGGGCUUCAGGAUGGAGGAGCCCGGGCUUCAGAGGAGGCUACACCCGGGGACGAGGGCAGAGGGGUGGACAGGGGGCGGGGCAGGGGCCGAGGGAGAGGGCGGGGCAGGGGGCGGGGCAGGGAGUGUUUGUGUACUGA